GAAACGACAGCACCGUGCAAGGUGACACACGUCUUACGGCGUGCAGUAAUUCAUCAGCAUUUCAACGCGGAUAAAUAAGCAGCGUGUGCACUCCAGAGGCAGCGCGAGGAUAUCCAUCGCACCGACUGAAACACUUUUUUGCGAAACGGAGUGACUGCAAUAUGUCCCGCACGCCAUAAUCCACUCGGAAGUGACCAAAUCCUCCAGAUUGCCCGGCCAGCCUCGGUUCUCUCCUGCUCCCUCUCUCCCUCUCCUCCUCCUCCUCCACCUCCUCCAGCAGGCCGGUCAGCAUGAGCUCGUCCUCCUCUCCCCGCGUCUCCUCGCGUGGCUCCACAGACAUCCUUGAGGAGCUGCAGCUGAUCGCGGCGCAGAACAUGGAGAAGCUGGAGAUCAACCGCUACUACGAGGUCAUCCGCGAGCUGGGCAAGGGCACCUAUGGCAAGGUGGACCUCGUCGUCCACAAGAUCAGAGGCACCAAGAUGGCCCUGAAGUACCUGCGUAAGAAGACGACCAAGCUGAAGAGCUUCCUGCGUGAGUACAGCAUCUCCCUGUACCUGUCGCCCUGCCCCUACAUCAUCAACAUGUACGGCAUCGCCUUCGAGACCGAGGACUACUACAUCUUCGCCCAGGAGUACGCGCCCGCAGGGGACCUGUUUGACAUCAUCCCACCUCAGGUGGGUCUUCCCGAGGCGGUUGCUAAGCGCUGUGUGCACCAGGUGGCCAUCGGUCUGGACUUCCUGCAUGGCAGGAAGCUGGUCCACCGCGACAUCAAGCCGGAGAACGUGCUUAUCUUCGACCGCGAGUGCCGCAAGGUCAAGCUGUCUGACUUCGGCAUGACGCGGCGCGCCGGCUCGCCCGUGAAGCGCGUGAGCGGCACCAUCCCCUACACGGCCCCCGAGCUGUGCGACGCCUCGCGCCGAGACGGCUUCCUGGUGGAGCCCAGCACCGACGUCUGGGCCUUCGGGGUCCUCCUCUUCUGCAUGCUCACGGGCAACUUCCCCUGGGAGAAGGCCCUGCCCUCGGACGCCUUCUACGAGGAGUUUGCCCGAUGGCAGCGUGGCCGCUCGGCCCAGGUGCCCUCGCAGUGGCGGCGCUUCACGCCCGAGGCGCUGCGCAUGUUCCGCCGCCUCCUCGCCAUCCCGCAGGAGCGCCGCUGCUCUGUCAAGGACGUCUUUGCGCACUUCGACCACUACUGGAUGCUGGACACUGAGAACGGCAAUGUGGUGCCCAGCGUGGUGACGGUCACCGCGUCCAACGCGCAGGUGGCACAGUGCUCCGCGUCCUCAGUGGGGGCGGGUAUGGGCGGCGGGCAGCACUCGUCCUCCUCUCCCCGUUCGUCUGCGGGGGGCAGCAGCGGGCCCCCUGCUGAGCUCAGCUGCUCUUCGUCGUCAGAGGAGGACGAGCUGGUGGAGCGUCUGAAGCAGCAGAACCUGUCGGCCAUGGUGAGCAACAAGGGCGUCGUCAUGGAGAGCGUCUCAGGCUCCUCCCAUUACUCGUCCUCCUCGGCCAAUAGCUCGCCGGCCUCCAACGGCGGCUACGAGCGCUCCUCGGCUCGCGACAACAACGGCAACGGUGGCAGCGGUGGCCGAAUCCUGGUCACCACUCCCAUCGAGAUCUGCGUGUAACAGAAACUACAGAAAGUCUCGGUUGGCGGCCAUUUUGUUUUUUUUCCUCGUCCUUUAGGAAAGCUGUGAAGCAGAUAGAUGCUGAUUACUGUAGUAUACGCCUGACGAGCUGACCACUCCCGCGGUCAAACGGAAGAAGGAGGCGUAGUGAUAACAAGAAAAAAAAGACAGAUGAGACGGUGUGUCUAAGAACUCAGAAAUGAUGAUGAUGGACACAGAUGGAUGUGUGACACACACUACAGUAGAUAAACCCGAGGAGACAUUUCACUUUGUUUUCCAACCAAACUCCCUGUGAUGAGGGUAUGAAGGACAGACAGAGGAAGACAAUCGCAGCUCAUUCACCCUAUGUGCAAAGGAGGCCACGAAAUGGAAUUAACAUCCUAAUAAUAAUAAUGAUACCUAAUAAAUAAUAAUAAUGAUAAUAAUAAUAGCAAUAAUAAAUAAUGGAGACCAAAUUGCAUUCCCCUCAAAAACUACAACUGGAUGGACUAACUGGACUGCUGCCCACUACCGUAUUGUGUUGUUGAUCUGGCCUGAACCUCGAUAACUCUAAAGCAAUAUGUCAAAACACACAUUGUGCAGUGCAGGCAAGACCAAACAGGCAGACCUUCAAACAUUUUUAACGGAUAUUGGGCCAAAAAUGGAAGAAAAAUGGAGAAACUUCUACAGAGGAAAAAAACUGUGCUUAGGGGAUACUUUUCAAUCAACUGUUAAGUUAUGCUCGAUUAUCAUUUAUUUGUAAAUGCAGUGUGAUCAGUGGUACUACUGUGUUUCUAUACUUGCGCGUUUGUGGAUAAGAACUCAUGCAAGUGGUUUUGUUACUAGUUUCGGUUUGGUUUGCAUAAUUUAUUUAUUCAAAACUUGGAAUCUCAGCCUUCAUUUGUGGCCAGUUCAUUUUGUAUGCAGUAGCGCUGAGUUUUUAAAAGCUAACCUUUGUAACUUCGUGACCACCGUGACAGUUUUUUUUUUCGAAGCGCCAAGUUGAAAGCAUUUUGAUCUGUGUUGUGCAAGAAAUUAAUACCCUUAGAGUGUGGCCACCGCGUAAGUGCAAUACUGAAUUAGCGCCUCCUAUAUCUCAGCUGUGGAAAGAAAUAACUAGUAGGCUACUGACCAGUCAUAUGGGGAAACAAAGGGUCAAUAUUUAUUGGAGACCAAGAGGGUGUGUUUCUCCCCUUGAAUUUAUGCUAAUGCAGAAAAGUGUGUUGAGAUUAGUCCUCUUUCUAAGAUGUCACAGAGUUCGGCCAAUGACCAUUGGGGCCAUUGAGGACAUGAGAGGGCCGUUCAUAGCUGCUAAUGCCAGAGUGUCAUGGACUAAUGUGUGUGAUGAUGUACUCCACCAAGUACACUGGAUAAUUUUAAUUUUGGGUUUUUUAGUUGACUUUUUUUACUCAGGUAUAUCACCAAGCCUUUCAUUUCUCUUCUUUUUUUUCUUUUCUUUCAUUACCGCACCAUUAACUAAAACAAAACGUACAAAGAUUACAUUUCUGGCCCAGUCCCAUUUUAUGUACAAAAGCCACCAAACUCAACGCAAACUUAACCCAUGCAUAUUUUAGAAUUAUAUAAGAACUGUGUACUGUACGCAGGCCUGUUGGGUUGCCAUUUGCCAAGGAAGCAGGCGGAGAGGAAAUGCUGCCUGUCACAGACGUGCAGAUUGGCAGGACACCUGUGGAGGGCCAUGCCAUCCAUCUGCUGAGUAGAGGGGCCAUUAUUAUUCUGCCUCGCUCUCUCGCUCUGGGCUUCAUGAUUGUACGAAGCAUCCUGCUAUUUCAGUUUCCUGCUCUCUCUCUCUUUCUCUCUCUCUCUC